UGUACGCUCCUGAUUUCUCAACACGGAAGUAAAAGACGUAAAUAGACGAAUUCAACUUUUAAUUUUCCUUUUAUAAUUUUAUAUUCCCACUUCCCCCCUAUAUAUACUCCUUUUCCUGUGUCAUACUUCUUCGUCUCUCUACAACAAACUUCUUCUUCUUCUUUACCACCUAUACAUACAGAUACUUACACUUUCUCUCUCUAAAAACUCAUUACCACUUCAUACAAAACAGUUAGUUAAUUUACAAUUUUAGAGAGAGAGAGAGAGAAAUGGCUUACUCGAGUAUGAUUGUUGUGGUGUUUGUCAUUGCUUUGGUUACUGGAUCUGUUUUUGGUCAGGCACCAGGAGCAUCACCAGUGGCUUCACCAAAGGCAUCUCCAGUUCCAGUUCCUCCCGUAGCAACACCUCCUACUGCAGUAACAACACCAGUAUCUGCACCUGCAGUAUCUCCUGCUGCAAGUUCUCCUACUGUUGAGUCUCCGGCUUCAUCUCCACCAGCUCCACCAACUGCUGAAACUCCGGCAGGUGCUCCAUCUGCUGGCGGUGCUCUUCCUCCAUCGUCGAUUGGUGCUACUCCUACUGACUCUCCGGCUGGAUCUCCUAACGCUGCUUCGUUGAACAGAGUUGCUGUUGCUGGAUCUGCUGUUGUAGCAAUCUUUGCUGCAUAUUUGGUGCUUUAAAUCUGAGAGGAGAUACUUGGAUUUGGAUUUGUUGAGAGAUGUUUAUGAUUUUUUUAGGGUUUUGUUAUUUUUUUAGUUCCAUCUUUUUUACUCGAUGUUUAUUCGUUUUGCUUUUACUUUACUCGUGGGACACUGCGUACAUGCUAUUGAUUUGAUUUUUACUAUGGUUAUUGUUUAUUAUUAUUAUUAUCACCAUUGUUAUUAUGGAUUCUUUGUUAUUUAUGGUA